AUGUCGUCGCGCAAGAGCGACUCGGCUCGCAAGAGCGACGCCUCAGCCUCAUCCGCGAGAUUCGCCCCCAUAGACGGCUCCCCAGCCGCCUCGGCCGUCCCAACGCCAUCCCCGGGGCUCGCGAAGCCCUCCAUGGACACCUCGAUGCCGCCCCCGAGCCUGCCCCCUCCUGGCCUCGCGCAGACCCCCGAGGCCGUGCACCCCCUGAGGCCGACGUCGUCGUCGGCGGCGGCAGGGCACGCGUCGGGCGCGGAUCAAUCACAGUCCACGCCGUCCGAGAAGAGCAAGGACGAGGACAAGAAGACGGGCGGCGGCGGGCACCCUAAGGAGGCAGUCACUAUCCCCAUUGAGGAGCUACAACUACCCAAGUCCAUAAUAACCCGUCUGGCCAAGGGCGUCCUGCCCCCAAACACCCAGAUCCAGGCCAACGCAAUCCUGGCCAUGACCAAAAGUGCAACUGUGUUUAUCAACCACCUAGCAAACGCGGCCAACGAGGUUACGACACUCCAAAACAAGAAGACAGUCAUGCCCGCCGAUGUGUUCAGGGCGUUGGAUGACAUAGAGUUUGGGUUCAUGCGCGAGCGCGUAGAAGCCGAGUUUGCAAAAUUCAACGAGGUCCAGACCAGCAAGCGGUCAACCUACCGCAAGAAGGUCGCGGCGGCCAAGAAGGCCACCAAGGGUGCCGGCGAGGAGGGCGCAGAUGCGUCGACGGCAGGCGCCGACGGGGACACGACGAUGGGCGGCGCCGACACGACCGUGAACUCGGUCGCGGACUCGAGCGCGGCGGGAGGGGGCCAGCCGCGCGCGAAGAAGGCCAGGACGGAAGGCAACAACGGCGGCCAGAUGGACGUCGACGAGGAGGUCGCUGACGCCAGCGACCCGGAGAGCGUCCCUGACGAGGAAGCGGACGAAGACGAGGAGGAGGAUGCUGAGGAGGAGGAAGAAGGGGGAGGUGACGAUGCCGAGGACGACGACGAGCUGGAAGAGAGGCAGGGUAGGCCGGACGAGGACGAAGCCCUGGACGAUGGGAACAACAGUGACUAG